UUGUUAAGGUUAUCAUUUUCAGCUGUGCUUUUCCUACUAUGACAAGUCAAAAUGUCUGCUGUGAAAAAAGUCCCUUGAGGCUUGCUCCAAAAGGGAGACCAUCCCCAUAGACCCCCAUGUUAAAAUGCCCAACUUUACAGCAGAAAUAAACAUGUUUAUGAAGGGCACAAAAAACGGUUUUGGUCUCUAUAUCUAAGUUCCCCGUUGGGGAUAACUGUGGGGGCUGGGGUGAUUUAAAAAUAUAUAUAUAUAUAUCUCACCCCUGUACAUUAAGUUCUGCAUAAUUAAGGGAGUUCCACUUUGAGUAACAAGUGCCCCCCGUCACAGGAGGGCGAGCAUAGAGAGGCAAAGUCCCUCCCCUUCCAGUGGACCUCAUGGGAACUUAUUUCGUUAAAAAAUAUGUACGGUAGUGAACAGGUAAAGACAAAUCUAUUUUUUUUUUUUUCUUCUUUUUCACAAGUUUGUCAAUUUAAAAGAUAAUUUUGUGAAUCUAGAAAGUCCCAUAGCGGUCUCUCGAAAUAUACGUCGCCUUGCUUGCUGCUUUGCUUGCUAGCUAUCUAACUUAGCUAUGUUCCACAACACAUGAAAUGUUAUCUUAACCUAAUGUGAUUUAUCCAGUGUCUUUUUAUCUGUCGGGAAGCAAAAGAACAAGCAAGAUCUGUUGCUUGUGUGAGUAACAUUACGUACGAAACACACUGGCAUCAUAGCUUCAACGAGACAUCACAACUUUGGAGUGAGUCUUCUACUUCAGCUUUCCAACACAUACAAACUUUACUAAAAUAAGGUCCAUGGUGGUCCACCGGAAGUGGAGGGGCUUUGCCUGGCAGGAUGUAUAAUAAGAACUGGGUAUGGUGCCACCGCUCACCCUUCAAGCCAAUUUUUCAGGAUAAGAUCACCAUUACUAACUAGAUGCACCUGUUCGUUGACAUAUUUUAAGUUAAAGUAUAUAAAUUCUUAUCCCAUUCUUUUAAAAAAAAAAAAACUUUUAAUUAUACCAAAUGACCACCCCAUCCCCUAUAGUAGUCUGUGCAUGUCCCAUGACUAGAGGAUGGAUUGGCAGACUGCCACAUUUGUAAGCAUGUAGGCUAAAGCUCUCUUAGAUCAGAACUACUUGCAGUUAUAAAUAAAAACCAAUUUUGUUACAGCUGUAGUCAUGUAUGGGCUAUAGUAUGAUUCUUAAGAAGUCUUUUUAGGUCAAGACUUUUCCUUCGGGACGCCUUAAAACUGCGGCAAGCAGACCUAUAAGACCCAGUUUGCAGUAUGCACAGAUGCAGGCUCAUUGGCUGCAGGCGGGUUGACACAGUUCGCUGCCUCAUGCAGCUCUAGCGGGGGCUUGGAGCAUGUAGAGCCGGAACUGUCCGACUGUUGAAUGCGUGCAGCCGGCUGAACCGAAGACCUGGAAACUAGACAGGAGAGCGGAGAAAUCGGACCACCGGUACGAGGUGAGAAAGAGAACGGGAAAGCUGCUUCAUCUUUUCUGGUGGAGGAUGGACACACGCCGGACCGCGGUCACUUCAGUCACCGAGGUCAGCAGCUCUGCCUCCGCCGGCUUGUGACUCUCCGGGCUCCGCGGAGGUGUUCGGUGGACGCCGCUGGUCAGGACAGCACAGGACGAAAAGAAGUGUCCGUCACCUUGUAAGAUGUUUCCUCACCACAGAGAAAGGGAGCAGCCGAUCUUCUGCUCCCGGGCCCAUGUUUUCCAGAUCGACCCCACCACCAAGAGGAACUGGAUCCCCGCCAGCAAACAUGCCGUCACCGUCUCCUUCUUCUAUGAUGCCAACCGUAACGUCUACCGCAUCAUCAGCGUGGGUGGGACCAAGGCAAUCAUCAACUGCACCGUAACACCCAGCAUGACGUUCACCAAGACGUCCCAGAAGUUCGGUCAGUGGGCGGACAGCAGGGCCAACACUGUGUACGGGCUUGGUUUUGCUACUGAGCAACAGCUGCACCAGUUCUCCGAGAAGUUUAAGGAGGUGAAAGAUGCAGCUCGUCUGGCACGAGAAAAGUCGCAGGACAAAGAACUGGCCAACACGGCACUUAGCAUCGCUGCUCCUCAGUUCUCGCAGGACCUCUCGGACGAACUCCAGUCUCCGCCGGUGAUGUGUGUGAACGGACCCGAGGACAAGCUGUUCCGCAGCCAGAGCGCGGACAUCACGCUGUCUUCUGAAAAGGAGCGCAUUAAAAAGAUGCUCUCUGAAGGGUCUAUCUGUGAGAUGAACCUGGAAGCCGAGUUCUUCUCUCUGCAGGACAGCAACACCAAACUGGUGGCGGCUUUGCAUGAGGCUAAUGCUAAUGUGGAGCAGUGGAAGAAACAGCUGACAGCAUAUCAGGAGGAGACGGACCGACUCAGAGAGCAGGUGGCUGAGUUAGAAGCCCACGGAGGCCACGGCCCCAGUGAGCGGCUCAAGGAUGAGCUGACCCAGUCCCUGGAGGAGCUGGAGGCCCUGCUCAAGGCCAAAGAUGAGGAAAUCCACAUUUUGCAAAGCAAGAAAGUAGAGUACCACGAGAUGGAACAUGACAGGGAUGAGGCCAUUCACAGAUUACGGGAGACAGAGAUGCGUAAUGCAGAGUUGGAGCGCCGCAUCCAGAACACAGAGCAGAACCUGAAUAACUCUCUGGAGGAUCGGGAUCGCAUGGACUCUGAAGUCCAGAGGGCCAUCGAAAUUCUGGACAUCAAGAUCUUUGACCUUAACGAUCUUCGCCAGAGCCUGAUUAAACUCAUCGACAAAUAGUCCAACCCGAGAAGGAGAGAUGGAACAGAUGACAGGGUUGACUUUGUCGUGGCCAGUGCAGCGAGUGGGGGGGAAGAAGAUGGAGCUAGACCGGUCCUCUUCAAGCACAAGAAGCAUCUUCUCGGCUGCAGAGAGGGUGCUCCAUGUCUGUGUUGCAGCAGUGGCUGUACUGUACUCUGCAACACACUGCAGGUGUUGGCCUAAAGCAACAGCACAUACAUGCUUGUCCAGUCUAAUGUAAUGCUUCAUGUUGCUUUCAAGGGGUAACACUUAAUGCAAUAAAAACCAACUUUAAGGUAAGUAUUUAACACUGCUAGACAUUUCAUAUUGAGAAUUGGUGCUUGUAGUUUUUCAUAAGUAUGACUUUUUGUACACCAAAUAGUGAUGCAGUGUCAAUAUGAGUGAUAAGAGGCCUUUGUUUUUCUCCUUUUCAACUGACCGGUUGAUAUUUAAACAUCUUUACAACGAAAUGAGACCAUGAAGUGAAUGCAAAAAAAUAAAAAAUAAAAAAGAGCACAAGACAAAAUGACUUCUAAGGGAUUUGCCUAUUAAACAGCCUGCAUACAAUAUAAUUGUUACUGAAUUAACAGAUAAAGUUCCAUUUGUGGAGAGAUAAACGUGUGUAUGGUCUCGUAGUUCCCCAUGCAUAAAGCAGCAGAGUGGUUCCAAAUAGUGCUUUUCUUCCAUAGGAAUAAGCAAUGAAACAGAUUAAAGGUCAGUAAAAAAAAAAAGUGCGCUAAUAAGUGUUUUAUAUUUAAGCAAGGCAUGAUUACACAGCUUCCCCUUGAACAUUAGAUCUGAAUAUUGACACCACAGAUCGAAUGUUAAGAGCAGAGUCGUCGAUAAGGUCUUUCAGCAACGUGGCCGUUACCACGUCUUCAUUUAAGCUCGUAAGAAACCUUUAAACCUAAGAUAUGUGACGGUAACUUGUAAGUAGAUAACACAAUAAGUAAGUACAUUUAAGGUAAAUAAGUAUUUUCCACAUUGAUAUAAAUCAAUAAUGCUACAGCUAUGAGGUAAACAAGUAAAAUAAGUAAUCACUUAUUACAGAUAAGUUUAACUGGUCCCGUCUGAAUAAUCGUCUUGUGCAUCAUCUCUUUACAAACCACUGACUUAGUAAUGUAUCUACGCAUUCAAGGAAAUUUAAGACAUUUUCUGCCUUCUGUCAUAUUUCAGCACGUUACCUUUAGCUGUGGACAACAUGGCACACGCCUUGAGAGUGGAGCUGUACUGUAUGAAAUGUGAAUUUAUUUAAAAGCAAUGUCUACUUCACACACACAGACUGUAUUGUUUGACAUAGUCCAUAAUGGUAUGUUUGCAUUAUUUUGUCAAGCCUUAUUGUUGAUAGUUAUGCCAGCUGUGUCUCAAAUUUUGAGCUGUUGUCAUGACAGUUUGGAAAUAAAAACAAAGAAUGACGUCA